AUGCCAGAUGGAUGGUCUAAUGUUAUAUGGGUGGAACAUGUGGAAGUAGACAAUUCACUUGUUCACAAUAUGUUGGAGCCGCUGGUCAGUUCUGGUUUUGCAUUUUGCGCAAAGCGUUGGGUUGCUAUGUUGAUUCGACAAUGUCAAUGGCUGGAAACUACAAUGGCUAGAAGGACUAGUUUUUCAACUGAUGGAGGGUUUAUAUCGCAACAGGGAAGGAGAAGCCUGUUAAAGCUUUCGGAGAGGAUGGUGAGAAGCUUCUUUAGUGAAAAUAUCAGUGCUUGUUCUGAAAACAAAUGGAUGUCACUACCAUGGCCAACAUCAGGUGCUGAAAAUACAAGGAUCUCAAUGAAGAGUAGCACAGGUGACCCUGGAAGGCCUCCAGGUACUACAAUAGUGUUUGCUACUUCCAUAUACCAUCCAUUCUCGAGAAAAAAAGUAUUCAGUUUUCUACGGGACGAGAAAUGUCGAAGCGAGUGGUGGGAUAUGCUUGCAUUUCAACAUGAAUUCCAUGAAUAUGCCUAUUUCACUAUUGGAGAAAAUCCGGGAAAUCGUGUCUCCAUAUUGCGAUCCAUGAAUGACAAAACGAACGAGGUUGAAAUAUUUUACUUGCAAGCCAGUUAUACAGACUCAAUGGAGUCGUAUGUUGUUUAUGCACCGAUAGACGCAUAUGCCAUAACUGACCUCAUCAAUGGUGGAAACACAGAUUAUGUGGCUAUCUUGCCCUCAGGGUUUUCUAUCUUUCCUGACAAGCCAAUGCACCAGGACGAAACUGGAGGAAGUCUUUUGACUAUUGCCUUCCACAUUGCUCUUGGAGCAUCAACUGAAGAACAUAUGUCUCCUCAUCAACAUCUCAACGUUGUACAUAGAAUUCUUGAAACAACCGUGAGUUCAAUCAAGGAGGUUAUAAAUUUGCCACCAGUGCCUAAGGUCAUGUGCAUGGUAGAAAUUUGA